ACCGCCAUUAGGGGCAAGUGUGUUAGCUGCCUGCAUUGUCCACCGAGGACAGCACAGACCACGAUCGCGAGAGACCCUGCCCGUGAGUAAUCUCUGGCAAUCUCCCAACUCAUCGCUGAUACAAGGUCGGAUUACUUGAAGAAUUUAAAUCCUGUAAAUCACUGUAAAUUACUUCUGAUUUUACAGAACAUACAGAAACGUCGUGCGAACAAGUAAUUAUGAAUUAUGCCGGUCUAGUGUCUGCAUUUUCAAGGUUAUCGAUGUAUCCUUGGAUGACGAGGACAAGAAACAUCUCGAUAGGACUGCCCGCAUACUUUAGAGUAACAGGAGCCCUUCUUGCCGAGCCAAUGAAGAGAAAAAAGAAAAUGGAUCCAGCCAUUAUUAGACAAAGAGAGGAAAGAAAAAAAAAGAAGCUAGAGAAACAAAUUCGGCGAUUGGAAAAAAAUGUCAAACAAUUGAAACCAAUUAUGGAAUUGGAAGUUCCCAUAAAGCUUAUCGAUGAAAGACAACAACGAUUAAGAAAAUUACCGCCACCUUCGAAAGAGAUGCUUGAAAAUCGAGUUUUCCUUCAAAAAGAAUGGACUAGAUAUAAAUUUAAGGAAGCACUGGAAAACAUGCAGAUGCUCGAUAAUAUGAUCUAUUCUCAACAAAGGGCACUGGAUGAGCUUAAAGCUGAAUCCGAAGAGCUUUACUUAGAGGCAAUACAGGUCGAUUUAAGUCUGAUACCAUACUCUGCAAAUGGUCCAGUAACAACACCACCGAUAAAGAAUUUUGAUUCCCCUGAUGGCGAUUACAUCGACGUCACACAAAAGUUCGAUGGAGAAAGUUAGCUUCUCGUGUAAAUUAUGUAAGAAGUUAUUCUAAUAACGGCUCUGUGAGUUAGUAUAUUUUGCCCUGCAGUCCUUUUAUUCCAUGAAA